GAGUUGAGAGACAGAGGCACCCCGGACAGAGACGUGAAGCUCUGAAUAUCAAAAUGACAGAAAAGGCCCCAGAGCCACACGUGGAGGAGGAGGAGGAUGACCUGGAUGGCAAGCUCAAUUACAAGCCUCCACCUCAGAAGUCCCUUAAAGAGCUGCAGGAGAUGGAUAAAGAUGAUGAAAGUCUUACUAAAUACAAGAAAACACUGCUGGGGGAUGGCCCUGUGGUAGCAGACCCCACAGCCCCGAAUGUCACUGUCACUCGGCUUACCCUGGUUUGUGAGAGUGCUCCAGGACCAAUCACCAUGGACCUUACUGGGGAUCUUGAAGCUCUCAAAAAAGAAACUUUUGUGCUAAAGGAAGGUGUUGAGUAUAAAGUCAAAAUUAACUUCAAAGUGAACAAGGAUAUUGUGUCAGGCCUGAAAUAUGUUCAGCACACCUACCGGACUGGGGUGAAAGUGGAUAAAGCAACAUUUAUGGUUGGCAGCUAUGGGCCUCGGCCUGAGGAGUAUGAGUUCCUUACUCCAGUCGAGGAGGCUCCCAAGGGCAUGCUGGCCCGGGGCACAUACCACAACAAGUCCUUCUUCACCGACGAUGACAAGCACGACCACCUCACCUGGGAGUGGAACCUGUCCAUUAAGAAGGAUUGGACAGAAUGAGAACAUCUGCUUGUCCCUUUCCCUACCUUGCCACCUGGAAGAACCACGCCCAGCUGUGGUCAUCACCCUCUUUCUCCUCUCUGUCCACAGAUGGGUCCCUCUCCAACACUGCCCACAUUCCCUUUAGAUGCAUCUGAUCCCGCUUUGUCUCUCAAAGUGGUUCCUAGCACAACAGGCUUAAGACCAGGUUUCUGCCCUGCCUGUUUCCUCCCAUCCUCCAUCAGGGACAGAUCUUCCAUCUCAAUACACAAUCAUUUAAUGUUUCCCUCUCUUAUUUUCAUUUGAACAACUAGAGGCCAGGAAAUGGGCAAACUAUCACAAUAGUCCUUUUGACUUAGAUCACGGUAGUUCAUUCCCAUGCCUAGAUUAUUUUGUGGUUGUCACUGGCCCAAUGAAUCUCUAGUCAUAUCCCCUGCUAGAUGGGCUCUUCUUUCAUGGGAGACACUGUAAACAACACAAAAGAAUAAGAAUAAAACAA